AAGGAAAUAAAGACGGAAAAAUAAAUACAAUUGGCACAAAGGAGUUUAACGAAAACUCACAGUAUCAGAAGAGUUAACUGAUGUUAGAGAACUUGAAUAAACCGUGACAUUUGAUCGCGAUUUUGAAAAUGAGGAGAGAUGCGGGGAUCGUCUAAAAACAAAAUGUUACAUCGCUGAUGAAGAGAGAGAGAGAGAGAGCACGGACUCGCGCGCGCGCUCUCGGUACGGCACUCGACGCGCUAAACCGCUUGUGCCUCCUCCAUCCCAACCCUCUCCGCCAACAGCACCGACGCCAACGCUGUCUCUCCAGUCUCUGCCCUCUCCCUCCCCGCUCGCUUUUCUUAAAGCUCAUUUCCCUGACGAUCUGAAGCUUUUUUUUUCCAGCACGAUGAGAGAUGCCAGCAGCGCAGCAGCAGGACGAGCCGAACCGAGCCGCUCCGAGCGGAACUGAGCUGCAGUUUUCUAUCAGGCUUCAGGACUGAGCUGAACCUGAACCUGCACCAUAUACUAAAAAAAUAUAUAUAAUAAUAAUAAAAAAGGAUAUCAUUCAAAUCACGUCUUCAUCUUCUCUUUUCUUCUUGGUCAGAGAGAGAGAAAGAGAGAGAGAGAGAGGGGGGAAAAAAAUCACAGGAGACGUUGGUGGAAAGGGAGAGAUCCAACAAUCUUUAAACUCGUUAUAUUUCGGAUGCUCUAGUGAAGAAAGGCAGCGAUCGGAGGCAGCCAGGGACCACCCGUCUCCAAACCCGUUGGAGAUGUAAAGUUGGACACCAAUAAAACCGAUGCUGUGAAGUGGCUCUCAGCCUUAACUUCAUCAGGACUCUGAGGAAGGAUGCUGUGGUUUACCCUGCUAAGCACAAUAGCUUUAGGAUGGACUACGCCGAUCCCUCUGUUGGAUGAGUCAGAGGAAAUAGAUGAGCCUUGCUUUGACCCUUGCUACUGUGAAGUCAAGGAGGGUUUUUUCCACAUCCACUGCGACAGCAAAGGAUUUACAAAUGUCAGCCAGAUCUCACAGACGUGGAUGAGACCAUUUAAGCUCAAUCUGCAGAGGAACUCCAUGCGCAAGCUGUAUUUUAACAGCUUUUUGCAUCUCAACAAUGCUGUGUCGCUCAAUCUGGGAAACAACGCGCUGCAGGACAUACAUGUGGGUGCGUUCAAUGGCCUGAGCAUUUUGAAAAAGCUAUUUCUUCAUGAGAAUAAGCUAGAGGUGUUCAGGAAUGACACUUUUAUGGGGCUGGAGAGCCUCGAGUAUCUCCAGGCGGAUUACAACGUCAUCAAGAGAAUAGAGAGCGGGGCAUUUCGGAACCUACACAAACUCAGAGUACUUAUUUUGAAUGACAAUUUGAUACCCGUUCUACCCAGUUUAUUAUUCAGGUCUGUGUCACUGACGCACCUUGACUUGCGUGGCAACCGCUUAAAAAUUCUACCCUAUAAAGGGACGUUGGAAUACAUCGGUCGCAACUUGAUGGAGAUUCAGCUCGAGGAAAAUCCGUGGAACUGUGUGUGUGACAUCGUUCAGCUCAAAACAUGGCUGGAGCGCAUCCCAUACACGGCUCUAGUGGGUGACAUCACGUGUGAAUACCCCUUUCAUUUACACGGCAAAGACCUUCGCGAGAUCAAAAGGAGUGAACUCUGUCCUUUACUUUCUGAAGCGGAGCUGGAGGCCAAACAUGGCAUUCCCAGAUUACCGUUUAAUAAUGAAAAUGUCUGGCCCACCAAGCCUUCAUCAAUGUUAUCAUCUUUUCAUAACACAGCCUCCUCGGUGGAGUACAGAGAGAGACAUGUAAAGCCAACUAAGCGGCCCAGACCCACAAAAACACCACCCACUCCUCGUAGCAUUUACCCAGGGCUGAAUCAGCCUCCUAUUGCCGCUUACCAGACCAGACCCCCUAUACCAAUCAUUUGCCCGACAGGGUGUAUGUGCAAUUUACACAUCAAUGACUUGGGCCUCACCGUCAAUUGUAAAGAGAAAGGCUUCCACAACAUUUCUGAGCUGUUACCACGUCCACUUAAUGCCAAGAAACUGUAUUUAAGUGGGAAUCUGAUACAGAAAAUUUAUCGAUCUGAUUUUUGGAAUUUCUCCAGUUUGGAUUUAUUGCACUUGGGUAAUAAUCGGAUAUCAUACGUUCAAGAAGGCGCCUUUAUGAACUUACCUAAUUUGAAAAGUUUAUACUUGAAUGGCAACGACAUUGAACGGCUCACUCCAGGCAUGUUUCGUGGUCUGCAAGCACUUAGUUACCUGUACUUUGAGUACAAUGUCAUUCGAGAGAUCCAACCGGCCGCAUUCAGCCUUAUGCCGAACCUGCAGCUGGUAUUUCUCAAUGACAACCUGCUGCGUACCCUGCCCGUGGAUGCCUUCGCUGGCACCUCCCUGGCCAGGCUCAACCUGCGCAACAACUACUUCCUGUACUUGCCUGUGAGCGGCGUACUGGAACAUCUUCACUCCAUUGUUCAAAUCGACCUGCACCAGAACCCAUGGGACUGCUCUUGCGACAUCAUCCCGCUCAAGCAGUGGAUUGAAAAGCUCAGCUCUGUCAUUGUCAUGGGGGAAGUGACCUGCAAGACCCCAGAUUUUGCUCUUAGUAAGGAUCUGCGCACCCUGGAGGUGGAGGUCAUCUGCCCUGAGAUGAAAAUAACAGCGUCCUCUCCUGUUUUACCCAAUGAUAUGACAGCAACCAGUGGUUCUGAGAUAGGAUAUGUGCCAGCAACAGGAGCUGUCCCACUCUCUGUGCUGAUUCUCAGCCUGUUGAUCCUCUUCAUCUCGGCUGUUUUUGUGGCCGCUGGUCUGUUUGCGUUUGUUCUACGGAGACGAAAGAAGCUUCCCUUCAGGAGAAGGCAGGAAGUUGAUCUUACAGGCAUUCAGAUGCAAUGCAAGAUAUUCGAGGAAAGACAGACCGCAUCGCCUGAAAAACCACCCGGUCAUGUCUACGACUACAUCCCUCAUCCGGUUACUCAGAUGUGCAACAAUCCCAUUUACAAACCACGAGAGGGAGAGAUAGAGGGCAGGCAGUUUGCAGAAACCAAGGAAAAUAACAGUAAUUAUCGAACUCUUUUGGAAAAAGAGAAGGAAUGGACUAUGGCUGUGUCCAAUUCCCAGCUCAACACUAUAGUCACUGUCAAUCAGUCCGGUGACAUUGCUGGCUUUCACGAGAAUGGAGUGCUUUGCCCUACCAUGAUUGACAGCCAGAGACCAACCCCAACGGUGGGUUUUGUAGACUGCCUAUAUGGCACUGUACCCAAAUUAAAGGACAUGCACGUUGCACAUGCACAUCCCCCUGGAAUGCAAUACCCUGAUUUACAGCAAGAUGCCAGAUUAAAAGAAACAUUACUUUUUACAGCGGGGAAAGGGUUCCCUGAGCAAACCCCAAGUGAAUACCUCGAGUUAAGGGCCAAACUUCAAACCAAGCCGGAUUACCUUGAAGUCUUGGAGAAAUCGUAUAGAUUCUAAUUGAAUUUAAAAUAAUAUUCUUUUUCACAACCCCUCCCCCUUCUUCACCCAAUCCCACAACGAUUAAGUAUCAAAAAAGAAGCAUGGCAAAAUCAUACAGUAUGUAUCACACACACAAUUCCCCCAAGUCAGUUUGGAGGAAAGGCCAUACUCAGAUUUUCAAUGAAGUGCCUUUUUUCAGAGUAGCCAGCAAUGUUACCACCCAUUAUUUUUGUAUGGAACAGAUUUGUCGUUGAGCUACUGGAGCGUAAUCAUCAAAAUAUGAUUAAAAGAAGCCUUCACUUGCUGAGGUUUACAACGCUUUUGCGAGGACGCACACUUGCCCUGGCAAAGUUUGUAGAAUAUUUGCAGUUUGCUGCAUGCAUUCAACUGCAGAGGAGGGUGUUGAUGAGAAACUUCACCUGCUAUAGAGAUACAGCGACAUAUUAGCCGUUCAGUGGUCUAUUUAAUUUUAUAUAACAAAAGAUGACAGAACUCUAUCGCAAGGAUGCAUCCAAGGAUCAAUAUUUGUGAAUAUAUAAAGACGUUUCAAGAUUUUAUGGAGUUCAACGCACUUUCUUAAGAAAAACACUUCUGGAUAUUAUGGUUCUUCUGGAACGGCUUUUUAGGAAGCACUUUUAAUGUUUUCUCCCGAAUAUUUGACAAAGUUAAAAAUGUGCAUAUAUUUAUUCUGUAAUUUCAGUGAAAGAUUCAAUUGUAAAGGUAAUGUUAAAUCAAUGUAUAGUGAUUAUGCGUCUGAUAUAGCCUUCUUAAUAAAAAUACGAAGUCUAACGUCAACUAAAAAGGGUACCAAUGCAUACUGUUUGUGAGAAAUAGAUUUCACAUAUUGGUAUGCUGCUUUUAAUACCUUUUGUUUUAUAAUUUUAAGACAAAUUAUUAAAUGCACAUUAAUGCACAUUUCACUGCUGCUAGAAGAGUCAGAUACUCCUGUCUGCAUGUGCCAUUGAUGGGUAUGAACAAGAAAGAGAUCUGCUUUGGAUUAGAUAUGAAUCAUUCUGUAAGGUAUGUUUUUACACCCGCCCAUAUCUGUAGACUGCAUUACACAACUUUUGAGAUUGAGGAUGUACAUUAAUGCUGUUUCAUUUUUACAAGUGUCCACAAGAGGGAGAAAGUGAGACAGCAUCCCAUCACAUGUGAAAUCGAUGUGCAAAGGUAGAUGUUUGAUUAUUUGAGACAAAAGCUUAAAAUCUCUUUUUGUCUCUUUUGAGAUACAGCUUAGUGGCAUUUCUAUAGAAUUAUGCUUGUGUGUGUGUGGUGUGUGUUUGGGGACAAUCUCACAUAUUGUGUCUGUGCAUCACUCUAGGGAAAUAUGUUCAUACUAGAAAAUUAUCUAUUCAACAAAAACAUAUUUUAUACUCUCCUUUAAAAACAAAGAUGGCUAUUUUUUCAAACGAAAUAUAAUGUCUGCCAGUGCUAUUUUUAAGUUCAACCCAUAACAUUGAAUCAAAACAUAGUUCAUCUACAAUUGAUCACAAUUAAUCUUCCUGAAGGUGUCAAGGAUACAUAACAGCAUUUGCUUGUUUGUUUUCGUUCAGUUGGUUUAAGUAGCUUCAAAUUUGUAUGUUUAAUACCAACCAAUAUUUUUAUUCAUUACUUUCCCCCCUCAUUUACCAUUUACCUGGGCUGUUUUGUCAGUUUUUCAAUAAAUUCUGCUUG